GGAGGCGCUCUGCCGGGCAGGAAGAGUCUCUGCGGCAUCUCUGUACACGCGCCUGCCAUGGCGCCCGCUCCGGCCGUGCUGACCCGGCUGUUGUGUGCAGGUGUGCGGCGCUGGCCAGGUUUCCUGCAGAAGGCGGCCCCGGGCCCAGCGGGGCAGAAUGGUAGGAAGGUCACAGGAGUCCUGGUCCCUGCGGUCAGCGAGCCCCAGGACGGCGACGAUUUCCAGAGCAGGAUCCUAGAUGUGCCAUUACAGCAUUCCGAUUUCUUCAAUGUCAAGGAGCUGUUUUCUGUGAAGAGUCUCUUUGAGGCCCGAGUACACCUGGGACAUAAAGCCGGUUGCCGUCAUAGGUUUAUGGAGCCAUACAUCUUUGGGAACCGCCUGGGCCAAGAUAUCAUCGAUCUGGAUCAGACAGCCUUGAAUCUCCAACUGGCCUUGAACUUCACUGCCCAUGUGGCCUACCGAAAGGGCAUCAUUCUGUUUGUGAGCAGGAAUCGCCAGUUCUCUCAUUUAAUUGAGACUACAGCCCAAGCCUGUGGGGAAUACGCCCACACCCGAUACUUCAAGGGUGGCUUGCUGACUAAUGCACAACUCCUCUUUGGACCUACAGUCCGCCUGCCGGACCUCAUCAUCUUCCUGCACACACUCAACAAUGUCUUUGAACCCCAUGUGGCUGUGAGGGAUGCAGCCAAGAUGAACAUCCCCACAGUGGGCAUAGUGGACACCAACUGCAACCCAUGCCUCAUCACUUACCCUGUCCCAGGCAAUGACGACUCACCCCAAGCUGUCCAGCUCUUCUGCAAGCUCUUCCGGACAACCAUCAACAGGGCCAAGGAAAAGAGGAGGCAGAUGGAGGCCCUACAUCGGCUGCAGAGUCCCAAGGGGUCUGAGGGCAGUGGGACAUCUGCACCUAAUGAGAGCUAUUCCCCAUGACAGGAAGCCCUUUUCCCACACUGAUGUAUGUCCCCAUUCCCCAUCCUCAGCACCACAGUUCUAUUUUCCCUAGAUACGGCCACCCCAAGUCCAGCCAUCUUGAGCUAACCUUUGUCUUGUCUCUUUUCUGGGAACAAACUCAGGUACAGUACAUAUUCACAUGGCCUCUGGCAUCCAUUAAGACUUGAACAUAACUAGUCAAGUUUCUCUGAAGAAAAUUCCAAGCAAAACAAUCCUGAUGUCUCUCAGGACCCCCAGUAGUUGCCUCUAGACCUGUAACCAGACUUAAGGCCAAGCAGGUUCCCAGAGGGGAGAUAGAAAGUACAGUCCAUGUGCUGUGGUACGCUACUAAAGAACUUGAAUUUGCCGAGUCAUUCAAGCAGAAGCCGGGAAUAUAUGUGGGGAUGGAUUUUAAAGGUGUGGGUUAAUGGUGGAAGGAACGUCAAACUGAAUCAGGCUGAGUUUACUGAGUUUAUGGGCCCUCUGAGUGGAAAUCUAUGUUUAAUAUGGAAGCUCACACAAUGAAAAAAGGUGCCAAAAGUUUGUGUGUUUGGCUGAAGUAUGUUUUAAAAGACAGCCUACUGCUGGGAGCACAAAAGUUUUUGGGCCCACAGAUCGCCAAGGAAGCCAGGAAUGAUAAUCACAUAGGGUUCUCUCCCCAUAGAAGGAAAUCAAUACCUGUUUCCUACCCAGAGGACUGGGAGUGUUGGUUGUUAAUGACCUGGUGAUCUUUGCUAUUUGUAGAGCCAUCUCACCCAAAUUCCCCUAAAUGCUUAUCUUGGACUCUCCCUUCCUAGACCUUUAUUUUUAGCUUGGUUUCUCCACCAAUAGAAUCCAUCCUUAGAGGAGAUGUCACAAGUACUUUAUGGCCGGCUGACCUCUACACUGUCUUGGUCAGAGACCAUACCAGAUCCUAGGCCCUUAAGCUAUAGGACCCAUCUUUGUGCUCAUGAGUACUUUGAGCUGAGUUUCAAUGUAAUUAUGCCUCUUCUGCCUGGAAUUGUUUUACACCAGGAAGCUCUUUUCCAGCAUUGUACUGUUUUAAUGUUUACAAUAAACCACUUGGUGUCAGACUCUCUAGAACUGAACCAGCACCAACUAA